AAAGGGAGGCGCAAAGAACUGUUUUCAAUUUGAAACUGCCCCCUUGAGCACGACAUGUUGGAUCAAAAAGGCCCAUUGAUUGUACAGACAGGAAUUUCGUGCUAGAGCCGGAAUGUCGUCGGAUUCAUUGUAAUGUUAUCGAAACAUCGGCAUUGAAAAGAGAGCUGUCGUGCGACGCCACUCGGCGUCCAUGAUUCGUGAUGCUACUGCAGCGGAUUCCGGAGCUCGAGCUCGGAACAGCAGCGGGAGAGAAGUAACCGCUCCCCCCUGCUCUCUUCUCCUCUACUUUAAGUAACGGCAGGUUGUGCCGGUGGAGUAAGCUAUAUCCCCACAAUGGCCCCCUUUGCCUGAGACGCAAGCACGUCCUGUGUUUUGCUAAAUAGCUGAUAGCUUUCAUCAGUUCAAGCCAUGCCCGACGAGUGAAGAUCUCCUUUUGCUCUAAGCAAUAAAAAAAAAAAAUUGGGAAAAAAAACCCCACAUGCCUCCCCAUGUAGAUCCCCUUCAGUGCACCCUGCUGGAGUGAACCCCCUCCCACCCAGAUAGGCAUUGCCCUGUCCUCACCCCUUCACCCUCCCUUCUCCACCCCACCUCCACAUCCACCAGUCACAAUGCCGCUCCAUCUCAGAAUGGCCAACACCUAAGCAGUCCCAUGCGUCCAGUGAGCGCCGAGUCGGACGGUCCUGCUCCUCCUGAAAUCUUCUCGUGUCCCCUCCCCCCAGUGGGCCCCCUGCCUGCCUCAGAGAUGUCCCUGCUCCAGUCGCUGGGCCCAGUGCAGAGCUGGCUGGGCCAGGAGCUGGAGAAGUGCGGGAUCGAUGCCAUGAUCUACACCCGCUACGUCCUCAGCCUGCUCCUGCACGACAGUUACGACUACGACCUGCAGGACCAGGAGAAUGACAUCUUCUUGGGCUGGGAGAAGGGAGCUGGGAAGAAAUGGGGCAAGAGUAAGAAGAAAGGAGGUACAGACCUGAGUCUGGAGGAGAUCAAGAAGCAAGCAGCUGUGCAAUGCCUGCGUUCUGCAUCUGAUGAAAACUCUGGAAUUGAGAGCCUGGUUGAGGAGCUUUGCUCCAAACUCAAGGACAUCAAAAACAAACAGAAAGAAGAGAAACAGAUCAGCAAGAAAUCCGAUGGAUCUCAAUCUCCCGAGCAGGCGGUGUCCCCUUCUUCAAAGGACCAGGUGGAAAUGUAUUAUGAAGCCUUUCCUCCUUUGUCAGAGAAAUCUGUUUGUCUCCAAGAGAUCAUGACGGUGUGGAACAAGGCUAAAGCCUGUGCUUACUCCAGUUCAUCAUCCUCUGCGGCCCCACAGACCAGCACGGAUACCUCCUCUCCAAAGGACUGCAACAGUGAGGGUGAGGCUGUCAAGGAAAGAAACUCUGAAGCAUGCUGCGCCACCACUAUCACCACCGCAACCAGUGAGAGACUUCAGCAGCGACGCAGCAAAAAAGAGAAAGAGAACCGAUACCAUGGCGCCACAACAGCAGAGGACAGAGGUGCCGUCCAUGGCAAGAGGCAGACGAGGCACAGGUCAGAGGGCAAGUUCCGCCCUCGGUCUUGGUCAUCUGGCUCCAGCGAGGCGGGCUCAAGUUCCAGCGGCAACCAAGGCGACUCGAAAACAUCCAACAGCAAGGCGGUCAGGAUCCGUCACAAGUCCAAGGAGCCGGGCAAGUGUAAGAGAGGCCGCAACAGUGGACAGGUGAAGCUAGCUCUGAAGGCCAUCGACAAAGAGGAGCGGAGGAAUGCCGGAGGGAGUAGCAGCAGUGCCACUGGAGGUCCAACGAGGCAACCACAGCUUUACAAAAAGGGGAAGAGGCCGCUGAAAGAGAUAUGUAAAGAUCCAGGCUGGGGGGAAGCAAGAGAGCUUGGAGCAGAAGCCCAAAACAAAAAGGAAUACAUGGAGGAACCCCUAUGGUACACAGAGCCCAUCACCGAGUAUUUUGUACCAUUCAGUAGCCGAAAAAGCAAACUGGAAACAAAGUACCGGAGCAAUCUUGACUCUCCAGGUGGCUUAUCCAUGUCCACCGACAUGGACAGUCUAUCUGAGAGGAUGCAAGGGAUCUGCAUUGCCAACGCAAGCUUCCAGAGAGCUUACCUAGCAGCGGGCACCUUUGUGGACGGCCACUUUGUGGAAGGUCCAGGAGAAGCAGAUGAGGAGGCUGCCGAACAUAAUGGGACCUCAAGCUGCCCUCCGCCUGAGGAUAGUAGAGAUUUAGAUGACGAGCAUCUGUCCGAAUUUACUCACUUCUAUGAAGUAGAUUUUUAUCAAUCCAUAUUGGAUCCUAGUGCCUCAGACUCGGUACAUGAGAGUCGGAUCUUGAGCAUGAUUCGACAGAAGAGCAAAGAGCAAAGAGACUUUGAGGCAGAAUGUUGUUUAGUGUUAGAUGGCCUUGAGCUGCAAGGGGAAAGUGCAAUAAGGGUGGACUCGAAUGAAGCUUUGGGAGCGGAUGGAUUCUUCAUGCAGGAUCUGGAAAACAUGGCUCAAGUCUGGGGAUGUUAUUCGUCCUCUAGUUCGGAAGAUAUAGAUGGAGAAAGCUUUGCAGGAGACUCUCCUGUUCAGCUGUCCUCCAUGUUGGACAGUGUGUCUUUUACCUUGUGCACGCUGCCUGUAAACUUGGAGGAACCCUAUCUCCCAGAAGCCACUAGUGAAGCACCUGGUCUGAGCUCUUCUUGCUUCUCGCUGUUUGAGCUGCAGUAUGAUAGCCCCACUCUUCCUUAUCCCUGCGACUCACUUACCGUUGGUCACGAAAACAACACCGAUUCAAGUAGCUGUCUAGAUCCACAUUGUAACAAACAGUCUCGUUUGCUAAUAUGGACCAAAAAUAGUGCCUUUGAUGAAACUGAACAUUGUUCGAACCUUUCGACGCGAACCUGCAGUCCAUGGUCGCACUCGGAAGAGACACGUUCAGACAAUGAGCAAAUAAAUGUUCAAAUAGAGGAGUCCGCUCAAAUUGGCAAUGAAGAGAUUAAUAGUCUAAUCCCUCCAAUCUCUGGUACAUACCUAGAGGAAGAACUUCUGGACUUUUUACAUGAGGAUACCAGUCGCCCGUGUGAGGAGGCCAAAGUUAGCACGGGAUCAAAUCCAACUUUGACAAAGAAAUCUAAAUUGGAGUCCAUAUGCGGCAUAGCAUUAGAACAGGAUGAGAGCAAACAGUACAACACUGGCAUGUUUUCGGAUGACACAAACCAACAAAGUGACAACUACAGCUCAGGGAUUAUAAAGGACAUUUGGACUGCUAUCGGGGAAGGCAAUCCUGCACUAUCGCUAGGAAGUGAGAAGACGGGGGAGGGCCUGUUCCAAGAGGAGGCGACUGGCUACCUCUGCAGCUGUCUAGAGGUGCAAGCAAAGGGAGGACCAAUUCAGGGACCUCAAAAAAAGGCAGUGCAGCGCUCCGAGUACCACCUGUGGGAGGGCAAGGAGGAGCAGAGCCUGGCCAAAAACGAGCUCUCCAAGGUAGAUGCCGCCGGGGAUUACAUGACUCCGUCCAAGCCCUGGGACGUAAACCCAGAGAAGGACAACACGUCGUUCAUCCUCGGAGGGGUUUACGGUGAGUUAAAGACGCUCGGUGGCGAUAGGGACUGGGCCGUGGUGCCACCAAGUGACACACGGGGCAGUCUGCUCCAGUGUGCUGCUGCAGCCGCCUCAGCUUCCGGUUCGGACGUGGUCACCAUUGCUGGCACAGAUGUGUUUAUGAACACUGGCAGCUGCUUUGCUCCUGGCCACAAGCCACUCUGGAGGCCCCUGGUCUCCUUUGGGCAGAGUGACCAAGCCAUGAAAGGAUGUGGGGACGGAUUGAAUAAGGGAUUUUCUUUAAUCUUCCAUGAAGAUUUACUGGGAUCCUGCGGAAGUUUCCACGGAAAGGAGCCAGGACCAGACUACCCAUUCACAUCCUUCGAUCUGAACAAUCCGUUCUCUCAAGUCCUCCAUGUCGAGUGCUCUUUUGAGCCUGAGGACAUGGCUUCGUUUAGCCCAGGAUACAAACCCAAAUCUAUCCUGUGCUCAGACUCUGAGAACGAAGCCUUCCAUCCACGGAUCUAUGGAAUCAACCGGACUCAGUACAGGGCCAUCCGCAUCUCCCCCAGGACUCACUUCCGACCCAUAUCUGCCUCCGAGCUGUCUCCCGGUGGAGGAAGCGAGUCGGAGGCAGAGUCUGAGAAAGAGGAGCUGAGUCUUCCCGUCCUGGCACCAGUGGACGUCUUUGACGAUCCUCAGGCCGACCUUAAGCCUCUGGAGGAGGAUGCAGAACGCGAGGGUCCCUACUAUGGGAAGUCAGAACUGGAAUCUGGUAAAUUCUUACCCAGAUUAAAGAAGUCUGGCAUGGAGAAGAGUGCCCAGACCUCUCUGGAUUCACAGGAGGGCUCCAGCACCCUCCUGCCAAUUGCUGAGCAAGAGAUUUGUUUAGACUGUAAAAUGGCUGCAGCAGCAUCAACGGCAAGCGGACGGAUGGACGUCCCAGCCAAUAAAAUCCAGAAGGAGGAACCUUGCAGAGAAAAGGAUGCCUGCAUUUGUGCAGCAGCAGCCCAGAUUCCCAAAUAUGGGAUAACCUACAACGUCGUAGAAGAAUUGCAGGAGUUCCCUCUGUUAAGUGCUAGCGGACAGGGAGCAACUGGCAGCCAGCAAGAUGAGGUCUGGUGGCAGAACACGCUCUGUUCCUCCCUUUUCCCUGGAUCUCAGUGUACAGGGAGCAGCAACAUCUGAAAACUCCAGCUCAGCAUGGAGGAAGCUUGUCAUUGAGAGGACAUCGUCUCUCCUCAUUUGACAGCUCCUGUCCCAGCAAAUACUGGGCGGGGGGGGAGGACUCAGACCCGGGACACCCAUAGGCUACUGGUCUGAGGAUUCUCCCCACCACAACCCACUUCUUAACCCUGCUGAUUUUCAUUUACUAACUCAAACCGUGUGUAAUCAACACUUCACAUCACCAAAAAAGUGAGCGAAAAUAGGAAAAACACAAAAAACAUGUUCCGCACGUCUUUAACUGAUACCGUUACCUGAUAUCUAAAGAUGUGCAUUUUAGAUUUGUCUUAGUUUUAUUUUCCUGACAUUAAUCUUCAUUAGUCACAGUUAGGCAUUAGUCAGUUCUGUUUAGCCCUCAACAUUUUGUUCUUUUUCUCCAACCGCUUUUUAACUAGGAUACUGGUAGAUGGUGGUGUCCAAAUGAUGGCGCAUGCUUGUCCGUCCUAAUACUCACACUCCUCUUUCUAGAUCAACUGCUACAAUCUCAAUGACCUAACUGUGAUGCCACUGUUCAUAACAUAGUAUGAGAGCACAGCUCGUGUAUCUUCUUUCUCCAUCCGUAUCAUUCAGAAAGUCAGUGUAUGAAUGGAUGUGGAGCUGCAUUUUAUGGAGGCCUUUCUGAAUGUGAAGGAGAGGGAAAGAACGUGUGUUGCUUUCAUCUAAAAUCUGUCAAAUUUAAUUUUCCCCAGCAGUGUGAACAGUUGCUCUAAAAUAAGUUUGAUUUUGAAUGGUGAUAGUUUUUCAGAACCUAUUAGUAGACAGAAUGGUUUGUAAGGCAAAUAAAUUCUAAAGAAGAGAGAUUGUGGAAUGACAAAAGUUAUUUAAUAAGAACAAAAAAUACAAUAUGGAGAAAAGAAUUAAAAAAUGAAGUUUUGAGUUCGGUUUUCUGGGGUAAAUUCCCUUAACAAAAGAUAAUUAUAGCUAUUUCUGCAGAGACACCAUGGGGGUGCAAUUUAAUUAAAAUAUUUUGGUUAAAUUCGUAGUACAAACAAUUGGUGCUAUGAAUAUGUUAACAUUUCUGUUGCAGUUUGAUAUUGUGGCAGUGAAAUGUAGAUCCUAAUAGUUUUGUUUAGUGUCAGAGAAGCGUGUAAGGAUCCAUUGAUAUCUUUUGAGAAAAAUUUGAAAAGAUAAAAGAAAUGGUGUGACUGCUGAGGGUUCUCGAUAAAUGUGGCUUGGUUUUUAUUUUAAAAUAACAGUUUACUGGCCUAAAAUGCAAUUGAACUGCAUUACACAAAAGCUUAUAAGAUUCUAUAACCGGGGAGGAGUUAAAGAAAAACACAUGGGUGCCAUGCAUAUCGUUGUGUAAUCCUUAAGGGAAGCAAGAUCUUUAAUACAAUAAAAGAAAGAAAAAAAAAUCUGAUUUAAGAUUUCUCAAUAGACACUGCUUUUUUGCAAGUAUUAUAGUAACGUAAAACGUAUUCAAGGAAAAAGUGGUAAAACCAAAAUAGAGCCAUCGUGUGUUUUACGCUAGUUUCUUUUUGGGUAUAUGGUAUAACCUUUUGAAAUAUCCAUAAAUGUUUCAUUUGUUUGUGUGCAUCUGCAUUGAAAUUGUAUAAACACUGGUUCAAAGUUACACCGUGCUUAGCCUUUAUCACCAUAGAAGAAAUGUGUGCACAACAAUGCACGUGUUUUUGUUCCCCAAUGUUCACUUUUCACAAUAUUUCAGUUUCAUCAUAAGCCCUAUGGUUGAAUUGGAAGUUUGUUUGUGGUCUGUGCAAUGACUAUUAAAUCCUAAGUUAACUCACCUGUAAACUAAAUGCAUUUUAGUAUCUCUGUGAAUUGCUCAUGUCUUCAAAUCCUAGUCUGUAUUUUUGUUACUGCUCAUCCCCAUUUAAAAUGUUGCUAUUAAAGUUCCAGGGGCAAUUGCAGGGUUUGUCUGCCACCUUUUGAGAUGAAGCACAGAUAAAUGUUCCCAUCCCACCGCUUUCAUUGUGAUGCGUUCAAUGAACAGUACAUGCGUUCUCCAACAUUGUGUACAUACUUAUUGAAAUGCGCUGUCAAAGGUCAUGGUGCCUCCAUUGUGAGCACAGUAAUUGAAAUGUCGUCCGUCCCCCGUCCCCCCCCAUCCUUCUAAUGUAGGCAAGGGGAUCACCUGUUUCUUAAAUGGUCUGAAGUGUCUGCCCCAAGUUUUUUUUUUUUUUUUUUUUGUACACACUUUCUCUGCAAAUGUCACCUGUUAUGUUUGAAUGACAAUACCUGAAAAAGACUACUUAAACGUCAGACAUUCAUAUGAUAUAUUUUGAUUUGACAGUUGUCAGUCACUCAGGAAUUCUUUACUAAAUAUUUUUUUCGAAGAUCAAUAGAAGGAAUACAUAGACUGUGGCAGUGCUAGAUUCAAACAGUAACACCAUUAUUUGAUAUGUUGAGCUAAAUGUACAACAGGAGUUUAUUAAUCCUAAACUUCAGAGUGAACUGUAUAGCACUUAAUUUAGAGAGCUUUGGAGCAAACCAAGACAUUGCAUAAGCAAUGGGAGGGAUGACUAUCCCUCAAGUCAUAUGCAAUAUCUCAGUGCAUGUAAACUUCAAACAUUCAACAGGUGUAUAUGGGGAGUGGUCAACAUUUUUGCAUGGAAGUUAUUUUUUGAGGGAGGGAAAGCUAAUAGAAACUUGACCAUCCUGGAGUGGCUUUCAAAUUGAGCAGCAUGGAAAAAAGCACACUCCACCUCUUCGAAAUAAAGAAAAAAAAAAGGUUUUAGAUUUUUACAGGUUUAAUUACUACAGGUGAGGGGUUAAGCAGAUAUAUUUAAUUUUUGUGUGCGUGUCUGUGUGCAUUGAUGUAUGUGUGAGACAGUCAUAAUAGCAAUUACAGUAUAUGGUAGUAAAAAAUCAAAGAAGGCAUCACAUGUUUGCAUUUUCUUGGUUUGGUAUGGUUGGAAAAAAAAACAAAACAUGGAACAUUUAUCAAGAAAAUGCAAGAUUAGAGAGGGAGUGUGCAUUAGACAAACUACAUUGAUGAGG